AUGGCGAAGAUCGCCCCCGACGGAUAUUUAAUCAACGCUAUCCUAGUCAAUGGUCAAACCCCUGGACCAGUCCUCUCUGCACAGAAGGGCGAACGGUUUCAAAUAAAUGUCACGGAUUUGUUGGUGGACGAGUCGAUGAAUAAGAGCACGAGCGUGCAUUGGCAUGGAAUCAAGCAGCAUGGAUCGGCUGACGUGGAUGGAACAGCCAUGGUGACUCAGUGCCCCAUCGCGUCUGAGCAUUCGUUCACGUAUGACUUCACGCCAGCAAAUCAGAGCGGGUCAUUUUGGUAUCAUUCACAUUUCCAGCUCCAGUACUGCGAAGGUUUGAGAGGAGCCUUGGUCAUCUAUGACCCGUUGGAUCCCUAUCGGAGCUUGUAUGACACUCGACCAUCAUUACUCUCAUGGACUGGUAGGAUCAUCAGCACUUUUACUACGUUGACUGAACCAUUUGGUGAAAGGUACCAUGUGAACGAUUACGAUGUCGGCUUUACCGAUACUCCCGCUUCAAUUCUCAUUAAUGGCGCGGGCCGUUAUGAAGGUGGACCACCGGUACCUCUUUCUGUCGUGACUGUCGUGGCGGGAGGACGCUACCGUAUUCGGUUAAUGAAUAUGGCAUGCAAAUCAAACUUCGUGUUUACGAUUGACAACCACAUUUUUACAGUCAUUGAGGCGGACAGUGACUACACAACGCCUCUGGAAGUUGACUCAAUCCAGAUUUUGGCUGGGCAACGAUACUCUUUCAUCCUGGUUGCAAACCAGCCGAUCGACAACUACUGGAUUCAUGCGAUGCCCAAUUAUGAUACGACCUUUGCAGGAGGUCUCAACUCUGCGAUACUUAGAUAUGCUGGAGCUCCAACACUGGAUCCCGUCUACAGAAAUUGGAAUACGACCAAUCCUUUGUUGGAACAGAACUUGCACGCGCUGGUGGACCCAGCAGCCCCUGGUGCCGCGGAUACUGGUGCCGCGGACGUGACAAUAAACCUAGAAAGCGUAUGGGAUGACAACCUUAGAUUUCUCAUUAAUGGCUACACCUAUACCCCGCCCUCCACUCCGGUCCUACUGCAAAUUUUAAACGGCGAUUUGAAUGCCUCUGAGCUGAGUCCCAAUGGAUCGGUUUACACCUUGCCUGCCAACAAAACCAUUGAACUGUCUAUACCCGGCGGACAGCCUGAGGGACCGCAUCCUUUCCACUUACACGGACACGCCUUCUCUGUUGUAAGAAGCGCUGGAAGUGACGUCUACAACUAUAAUAAUCCUGUCCGACGGGAUACGACGAGCAAUGGUGUAUCAGGCGACAAUGUGACGAUUCGCUUUAGAACCGAUAAUCCAGGGCCAUGGCUCUUUCACUGUCACAUCGACUUCCACUUGGCAGAGGGUAUGGCUGUGGUCUUCGCAGAGGAUACCAAAGAUAUUGCAUCAGACGUAAACGUAACAAGCACAUGGAAGCAGUUAUGCUCGACCUACGACGCCUUGUCUCCAACGGAACAAAUCGUGGAGCGGCAUCGCCGACAUCAUAAGAAGCAUCAGAUAGGUCAUUGA